CCAUCGACCUUCCUAACUGAGCAAGGAGCUCUACACAAAAAGUGCAGGGACAGGCUUAUCAACAGCAGCUAUAGAGCGUAUAAGAGCUGGGGAUGGGUCAAUUGGGAGAGUUCGUCGGUCCCUUCUCGCUCUCGCCCUGAACAUGCAGCUCCUCACUUCUGUCGCCGCUGCUGCGGUCCUCGCAAGCACCGUCUCUGCCGCCAACUUCACCGGCGAUGUCUUGAAUGGUGUCCCGGUAAUCCACGACUUAAUCCUCGCGGACGUGCCCGCGCAGAAGAUCUCCAGGUACUACCUGCGUGUCGGCGAGCUCAAUGGCGGCCACCCCGUCCACAUCCCCGUGAUGGUCGCACGCGGCACCCCCGAAAGCCUGGAGACGGGCAAGACGCUGUCGCUCUCGGCCGCGAUCCACGGCGACGAGCUGAACCCCGUGCGCGUCGUGCAGCGCAUCUUCGAGCAGCUGGAGGGCGAGGUGGCUACCCUAAACGGCACCGUCAUCGGCCUCCCCACCGUCAACCCCAUGGGCAUCUACCUCAACCAGCGCAACUACUUCACCGCGUCGGCCUCGGGCUCGCUCACAAACGUCAACCGCGUGUUCCCCGGCACCGCGCCCGCGCUCGGCGGCUCCGGGCCCGACAUCCUCGCCUUCAACAUCUGGAACCAGCUGUGGGCCAACGCGUCCGCCGUCGACGUCGGCAUCGACCUGCACACGCCGUCGUCGGGCGGCGAGACGAGCCUGUGGUGCUACGCCGACUGGCGCGCGCCGUACGUCGAGCGCCUCAGCAAGCUGCUGCAGCCGGACACGCUCAAGGUCGACGUCGGCGAGCCCGGCAGCAUCGAGACCACGUUUGUCGACUACGGGGUGCCGAGUCUGACGGUCGAGAUGGGGCAGGCGAAAGUGUGGAAUACUUCGCUGAUCGACCGCACCGUGGAUUUUGUGAACCGCGUCAUGCGCGACCUGCACAUUGCGCCGGGCAACGGCACCGUCGAGCCCGACCUCUCGCGCGUGUACAUCGCCAACACGUUCCACGACACGUACACGCAGUACGGGGGGUUCGUGGAGCGGCUGGUCGCCGUCGACGAGCCGGUGACCAAGGGCCAGCCCAUCGCCCAUGUGCGCAACGCGUUCGGGGAUAUCCUGGAGACGCUUGUGUCGCCGGCCGACGGCCGCAUGUUCCAGAGCCCCCGCGACCCGUCGUGCGAGCCGGGCAGCAGCGUCGGGCAAAUUGCGUACAACUCGACGGACCCGGAGUGUGCGGAUGGGUGUAUUCUGAGCGGGCCGGCGGGGUCGCGGAGGCGGUAGGAGGGAUUGUAGUGUAGAGGAUUAAUCCGGCAGUAGCCGCUAUGUAAUGUAUGCAUCUCGUCU